CCGAGACCCUAAAAAGACCCAGUGCUGUUCUUUUGUUUAAAACCAGUUUUUUCCCUACCCCGGAGCUCCCUCCUCCCCUUCUGGUCUCGUCUGCAGCUUCUCCUGCGGUUUUGUGGGAGCGCGCACAAGCGAGUAGGGACUUGUCCUGGAGCGCACGCGAGAAUGUUUCAGCGCUUACUCAGCAGCGCUCGAGCCCGUACACAGGAGGAAUGAAGGGAUCCAUUUAUUAUCGAAGCGGAAGGUGUUUAAAGGUCGGUCUUCCGACUGAGGCGCCUCUGUGUCGAGUUUUUACAAGAGCUUUUCUAAUCUUAAAACUGCAAAAUGAAUUAGAACACGUCAGUCAGUCACUCAAGUUAGGUUUUAAAUACAAAAAUUCUAAAGUUCAUUCAACGUUCUAUUUCAAACACCACAAGGACACAUUUGUUUACAUAAAAGCGCCACAAUAAUUCUCAGGUUACAAUCUCUAACACGUUUGUUUUAUUUUUGUUUGUUAUCUUUUGUCCUCAGAUCAAGUUGUGAUUAGAAAGGCUAAAAAUAAACUAAGUGCAGUUUUUUCAACAGGUGAGUCUGUGUUGUAUUUAAUGUUACUUCAGCAUCAUCUACUGGUAGACAUAAGUCACGGCGCCGUACUCCAAUGCAGAGGCUCUAUUUUGAACCUCUUGCUUGCCGUAGUUUGCUAUAGUCUAAAAUGGCAGCAUCCUUGAGGACGUUUUGCACAGCAGUGUCGAGGCAGUGUAUUCGCCCAUUCUCAUCGUCGUGUGUGACCCUCGCAGGAAAGAAGUGGAGACUGGAAAAUGGUUUAGCACGUAGUGGAUCAGAAUAUGGGCCAUUAACAGAUCUGCCUGACUGGUCAUAUGCAGAUGGAAGGCCUGCACCUCCAUUGAAGGGGCAGAUCCGCAGACAAAAGCAAAGAGAGGAGUUUGCUAGGAGAGCAGUGUAUCUCAGUGCAGAGGUGGAUGAAGGGAUGAAGCGAUGGCAGGAGAAGAAAGAAGAGGAGAAACAGAAAGAAGAGCAUCUGAAAUCCUUAUUGCUAAAACCUAAAGGAAAUUUAUUAAAGAACAAAAAAUAAAGAUACUUCAGGACAAAAA